GCGGACCCUCAAGAACAUCAUGACAGUCCUGAUGUGACGAGAGAUACCCAGCAGGCAGAGCAACAGUUAGAAGUAGCAGCCGCGCUACAACUGCAAGCAGCAAGCUACUAUGCAGCGCAUGCACAACAUUAUGGCCAGCGCAUGCACAACAUCAUUUGCAUUUCUCUCUGCAACAUCUUGGUACUCUUUCUCAAGUUUGUAAGGGUUACAUCUACAACAAAGCCGAGAAGGCAAAGGUUGUUCCUGAAUCGGCUGAGUCCUUGGCUAGGGUGCCAAGAUGAAGAAAGUAUGUUGAACGGUAUGAAUAAUCAAAGCAGAAGCACACUCGUCUCUCUCACUUCUCUAACAACAGUUGUAUAGUAAUGCAGCUGCUGCCCAAUUCUCUGCUAUGAUGUAUUACAAUAUGGCUCAAUCUAGUGGAACAACAACAAGCGGACCAAGUCGUAGUGGCAAUAAAAGCAAUAGUAUCAUAGCUCCAAAGGGCUCCCAACAAAUGCGCAACAGUAUCCAAGACCAAUCUCUUAUAGCAGGAGAUGUUGAAACUUCGUCUGUAAUAAGUGGAUAUCCUAGGACGAGUAGGACAACUUCUAGUGGUCUAGAACAUCAAGGUUUUACUACUUCUAGUAGAACGAUACAAGAAAGUCAGAGGACGCAGAUAGACGGUCACGGAGGAGGAGGCCAGAGUUCUUUCAUGGCAACUGGCGCAGGUGCCCCUCCUUCAGGAAAGGUCACACCACCGAACACGUCAGCGCAAGGGGGAACCAUCAUCGGUGGGGGAGGUGGGGCUUCCUCGUCUUCUACAGGAGCCCCAGGAGGUUCGAGUAGCUUAAGAGGAAAAGUGUCCUCAGAUAGACAAGCAACGAGUGGACAACAAGGGGCCGCUGCAUCGAGUGCAAAUGUUAGGGCGUCAGCUUCCUCCUUGUUAUUGUUCUUCAUCAAUAACUCUUAUUUAUUACUUGACUCUUUUGUAUUUUUGUUUCCUAGUUAUGUGUGCUCUACCGAUUUUAUAGGUAAUACACCCACGACACCUUGUAAAAACGGAUCAUAUGUCCUUUUCCUCGUGAUGUUGUCGCUAGUAAACCUAAACGCCAUGUACGUAGCUAGUUCUCUCUCACCUCUAAGAGUCGUAGUUUCUUAGUUACGCCACGCGGCGUGCAGGAAGUGCGGAGAAACAAGGGUCUCCGGAGCAAGCAUUCGCCAAAUUCUCUUUUGGGCAAGACCUUACUGGAUGCGCUAGCUUCUACUUCGGGAGCAGGUGGAAAUCGGAGUACUAUUCUAUCGAAGGUUAAGAGCAGUUGUAGAAGAUUACUUUGACGGAGUCUAGAAGCCUUCAUAAUCUUAAUCUAUCAGCACCCCAGAGUUUGUACAUCCUGUGUGCCAAGCGAGAGAAUCUCGAACAAGAUGAAGAUAUUAGUUCUCGUCCCUCUCAAGGCAAUAACACCUCCACCAUAAUGAACUUCUUACAACGUCCUCUUCUAAUGAAAUAGCGGGUUCGUCAGCAGCUGGGGCAUCGCCGCGGUCCAAAGAGUUGGAUGUGCUCUUACGAGGGGAUAGACCAGUCGUUCGAAAAUUCUGAAAGCUUGAUAUUUGUACACGUUGAUGUUUUUUUCAGAGAAAAAUACUUACUUUCUUACUGUUACUAGAAAUAGAAUGAGCUAGAACAAUAAGAAUUAGAACUUUUUUUAGCACUUUCUUACUUUCAUUUUCAUGCACUUCUGUGGGAAGAUCUGGAGUAUUGUGGUUUAGUUGAAAAGCAUAUGAACAGCGAAGCCUACUUAGCUAGAGCUCGGUGACCUUAUUAUUCUGGAGAAGAUUUAUUUGUUUAACUAAUAGUAGAAAAGCUCACACUCGCUGAAACUAAAUGAAAGGUAAAGGACUAGUAGUCAUUUCCCUGGCCAUGAUUCUUGUGAUUAGACGAUUGCCACCUUCGCCUCUUCCACCUUCUGGAACCGCACGUGCAUUUUGUAAAAAUACCGUCAGCUUAACUGGGAAAAUUAAUAAAACAACGAGAAAAUUACUAGAUACGUAGACGAAGUAGAUAGUUUUAAUGUUCUAGAUAGUAUCUAUCCCUGCACUCGUGAUCCGGCAUGAUUAGUUUUAUGAUCUGCAUCAUCCGUGCACUCCCAUUUUUGUGGCUUCAUCUUCUUGAUAUUUGUUCGUGGUGUUGCAUCUUGUCCCGUCUAGAAAUUGACUAAUAUUAUAUAUAAUAUGUACUUCCUUAUUACGGGAUGGCGGACGUGGAUCAUUUUGGCGAACUGCAUUCACUCAAGAAUGAAGGAAGCAUGAACGAAAAUAGCUAAAGCAUGAAUGCACGAAAAAGAAGAACACGUAACAAGAUGACUCCUUCUAUUCCGAAGUAGAGGACGCUCAACAUUAUUAAGAGAUGAGCACAUGGAC